CCUACCCUCACCUACCCUCACCUCCAGGAGCUCAAUCCCACAGUCAUAAGGCAGCAAGAGCAGUCGCUCAGUACUCCACAGCUUAUUAACCACCCGAUUCGCACCUUGUCCUCGCAUACUCACCGCCCCUUCCGCUCCGGCGCUGCAUAGCGCCGCUUCGAUCCAGAGCUCGUCUCCCAGUCUCGCUCUCUCUCUUCUCUCCACAACCCCACAACGCAGUCGAAAUGCAGCAUUUCCUACACCAGCAGCAAUUCCCGUUCGAGUGGUCGCAAACCCAUCCUAAACACCCGGGCCAUCAUGUAGCGCAGCACGCGCAGCACCAGCAAGCGCAGGCGCAGGCUCAAGCGGCCGCAGUGGCCUCUAUGGCAGCUCAGCAGCAUUAUCGCAUGCCAGGCACGAACGGAACGACUCUCCCUGGCGGUGGCGCAAUCCCGCGUGGUCCAGCUACAGAUAUCGGCCAGCUGAGCGGGGACGCAGGCAUGACUGAGGACAACAGGCGCGUGCUCCAGUGGAUCGCCGAACUGAUGAAUCCCGCGACCCGGGAGACUGCGCUCUUGGAACUAAGCAAGAAGCGAGAGCAGGUUCCAGAGCUGGCUUUGAUCUUGUGGCAUUCUUUUGGCGUCAUGGCUUCUCUGCUGCAGGAGAUCAUCUCAGUGUAUCCUCUUCUCAACCCUUCACAAUUGACGGCCGCGGCAUCGAACAGAGUUUGCAAUGCCCUCGCCCUUCUGCAAUGCGUUGCCUCUCACCCGGAGACACGCGGUCUCUUUCUUAGCGCACACAUUCCGCUAUUCCUAUAUCCUUUUCUCAACACGACAUCGAAAUCCCGUCCAUUUGAGUAUCUCCGCCUAACAUCCCUUGGAGUUAUCGGAGCGCUUGUCAAGAACGAUUCGACGGAGGUGAUCAACUUCCUUCUGACUACCGAAAUCAUACCGCUCUGCCUCCGCAUAAUGGAGACUGGUUCUGAACUGAGCAAGACCGUCGCCAUCUUCAUUGUACAGAAGAUCUUGCUGGACGAUAUUGGUCUUGCAUACAUCUGCCAGACAUACGAGCGUUUCUAUGCUGUAGGCACGGUUCUCAGCAAUAUGGUCAAUCAGCUUGUGGAACAGCAGACCGUCCGCCUGCUCAAGCAUGUCGUCAGGUGUUUCUUACGACUUAGCGACAAUGCUCGCGCUCGCGAAGCCCUCCGUCAAUGCCUCCCAGAGCCUCUGCGUGAUGCAACUUUCUCUUCUGUUUUACGCGACGAUGCCGCAACUAAACGCUGCCUCGCUCAGCUUCUUAUCAACCUCUCGGACAAUGUCGUAGAGCCGGCUGGCAACCAGCAGCUGCUCCACUGAGCGAACCUGUUCCCACUCAAACCUGAUACGUCAACUUCUACUUGCCUCCUCUAUACCCUUUAAGCAUAUCCUUAGGUUCAGCAUGUGUACAUUUGGGAAGGUCCUUUCUUCAAGAUGAUUCAUUUGCAUACCCAUCUCUUUAUCGAUUGCGCUUCUCCGCUGGGGGAUUUGCGCGAUUCGGCGUUGGUCAGCAAGGGAUAUAAAAGUGCAUGGACGGUGCGAUGCAGAUACCCUCUACCUGGCCUGAUUCUCUCCCCAGGAUAUACGAAUCUUGAUUUAUGGAAUUGGAGUUUUGCGGGGUUCUCUCAGAUCUUCUUUUUUGCAUGGAACAUCGGUGCAGGCUGGGAUUAUCCUGGAGGUUAUGGAGGCGAGUGUAUGAUAGUUUCGUUGGAGCGGACGUGUAUUCUAGCGAGCUACCGAACUUUUGACCUGGUGAUUUUGAG